UAUAUUGACUUGUAUAGGCGGACUUUCCCGGUACUGUGUGCGAGCUUUAAGCUUGGGAAUGGGGCGCAGAAAUCGGCGCAAUCGGCGCAAGGAUCAGAAGCCUGCAGUGCAGAGGACUCCUGCUGAGGAGGAGGAGAGGCGCAAGGCCAGGGAGCAGGCGGCCUGGGACGGAGGCUAUGCUGAAAUCAUAAAAGAAAACAAACUCUUUGAACAUUAUUAUCAAGAACUGAAGAUUGUGCCUGAAGGUGAAUGGGAGCAGUUUAUGUCUGCUCUCAGGGAACCUCUCCCAGCCACGAUACGAAUUACCGGAUACAAAAGCCAUGCCAAAGAAAUUUUGCACUGUUUGAAGGAAAAGUACUUCAAGGAGCUGCAAGACAUUGAAGUAGAUGGUCAGAAGAUAGAGGCUCCCCAACCGCUGAACUGGUACCCUGAUGAGCUUGCCUGGCACACAAACCUGAGCAGGAAGAUAAUCCGCAAGUCACCAGACCUGGAGAAAUUUCACCAAUUUCUAAUCAGUGAGACUGAGUCGGGUAACAUAAGUCGGCAAGAGGCAGUCAGUAUGAUUCCUCCUGUUCUUCUGAAUGUCCAGCCACAUCACAAAAUCUUGGAUAUGUGUGCUGCUCCAGGAUCUAAAACAAAGCAACUUAUAGAAAUGUUACAUGCGGACAUGGAUGUUCCAUUUCCAGAGGGCUUUGUCAUUGCUAAUGAUGUGGACAACAAGCGUUGCUAUCUGUUAGUUCAUCAAGCUAAGAGGCUGAACAGUCCCUGUGUUAUGGUGGUGAACCAUGAUGCAUCAAGCAUUCCCCGUCUCCUGGUUGAAAAUAAUGGUGCUAAAGAAGUGCUGUACUAUGACCGGAUACUUUGUGAUGUACCGUGCAGUGGUGAUGGCACUUUGAGAAAGAAUAUAGAUGUUUGGAAAAAGUGGACAACAUUAAACAGUUUGCAGUUGCAUGGGUUACAGAUUAGAAUCGCUACCCGUGGUGUUGAGCAGCUGGCAGUGGGGGGAAGGAUGGUGUAUUCAACAUGCUCACUGAAUCCUAUUGAAGAUGAAGCUGUUAUAGCCUCCCUGCUGGAGAAAAGUGAAGGAUCCCUUGAGCUUGCUGAUGUCUCGUCUGAGGUUCCUGGAUUGAAGUGGAUGCCUGGAAUCACCCACUGGAGGGUAAUGACAAAAGAAGGGAAGUGGUUUGAGAAGUGGGAAGAUGUACCUACAAGUAGACAUACUCAAAUUCGUCCAACUAUGUUUCCCCGGGAGGAAGAUAAAAUGAAAGUAAUGAAUCUACACCGUUGCCUGAGAAUACUGCCACAUCACCAGAAUACUGGAGGUUUCUUUGUAGCAGUAUUGAUAAAGAAAGCUCCUAUGCCAUGGAACAAGAGACAACCCAAGCUGCUGCGGAGGCCCCCUACUGUUGCGGCCAUUGUGCCAGUUGUUAAUGACGCUGCUGAAGAUGUGACAGAAACGACAGAUAAACCAGCUGUGGGAACAGAGAAUGUAGAGAAUGUGGACGGAAGUACCAAACCUUGCAGCAAUCCUGAGACAAAUUCUUCUAAUAAGGACAAUGUUUGCGGCCCUCCACCCUCAAAGAAAAUGAAGUUGUUUGGAUUUAAAGAAGACCCAUUUGUGUUUCUAUCAGGGGAUGACCCAGUAUUUCCCCCAAUAGAGAAAUUUUAUGGAUUAGCUUCAUCGUUCCCAAAAACAAAUCUCUUAACACGCACUCAGGAGGGGAAGAAGAAGCAAUUGUACGUGGUUUCCAAGGAGCUGAGGAACGUGCUUCUUAACAAUAGUGAGAAGAUGAAGGUAAUAAAUACUGGUGUGAAAGUGCUCUGCCGGAAUAAUGAUGGAGAACAAUAUGGCUGUGCUCACAGACUAGCUCAAGAGGGCAUCUAUACACUGUACCCAUUCAUCAGUUCAAGGAUUGUAACUGUAUGUGUAGACGACAUCAAGGUACUUCUUACCCAGGAAAAUCCUUUCCUAAGUAAAUUUAGUAGUGAAACCCAGAAACAAACUAAAGAUUUAGCUAUGGGAAGCGUUGUCCUAAAAUUUGAGCCUGAUCCACAGAAACCUGACACACUUCAGUGCCCAAUUGUUCUGGUAGGCUGGCGAGGUAAAACCUCCAUCCGUUCCUUUGUUCCAAAGAAUGAGAGAAUGCAUUACUUGAGAAUGAUGGGAGUGGAAGUUUUUAAGGAAAAAAGAGAGAACACAAGAAACACUUCUGCGGAGUCGGAAGCCAUCCUCAACCAGGCAGAAGUUGAGGACAUGGACUGCAUAAAAGAAGAUGAAGUCUUGCCAGAAAACGAGGACACUGAUAUAAAUGAUAUUACAGAUGAUAAAGAAGGCAGUGAUGUAGCUGAAGUGCCGGCAGAAACUGCUCCAGGAUGUGUGGAAGAGUCCAUUAGAGAUGAGGAGGGCAGUGCCUUUGCUGGUGUGAAGCAAGAGGAGGCUGCAGCAUGUCUGGAAGACUCCAACAUGGAUUGCCCAGACAGUGAUCAUAAAGAACAAUAG